CGUGAAGUGGGUCAUAUGAGUCCGUGCUAAGUCAGUACUGUAAGUACACGUGCCACGAGUGUACUCAUUUGGUACCAACAAUCAUCCAUUGAAAAUUUGUAAUCGCUUAUCACGAAGUGUCGUUGUGUCUUUCCAUCACGAUCUAAUUCGAGUCUUCGAUCGAAACCGAUUGACAACGGAUCUUUCUUCUUCCUCUUCAUCAGAAUUAUGUGGCCGAAGUUAUUCAACAUUCUUCUCGUGUUCUUCGCGAUGCAGGCGAUCUGUAACGCUAAGCCAUACAACGAAGGCACUAAAAUAGAUCUGCCCCAUUUUCCAUUGUCGGUCCGUGAUCCAGAGACCGGAAUUGAGUACAACGGAACGUUUGUCAGUUUGAAACAAAAUGGUUCACCUUCUGUAUUAAUGUACAAAGAUUUGCCGUGCCGCUGUGAAAAUUUCAAGUGUACGUGUUGCUUAAACAUUCAAAUGGUGCAUCAGAAUUGGAACGUGUGUUUAAAUGCAGCACUUCACCCUGAAGAUCCGAUACUCUUACUUUCAUUGACCGUAAACAACGACGUGGUCCUAGAAUACAACGUAUUCUUGGAUACAUCGACUUAUUGCGUUCGAAUUUUUGAUUGGAAUUUCUUACAACUUUGCAUCGGUGUCAAAGAUAUUCAUUUUGACGGAAGAAAUUUGCAUUUCUGCCCCGAAGUGCAUAUGAAAAUUUUCAACCUUCCCGAAAUAUCACUGUUUUAUAAAUGCGUCAACAUUAACGCGGGCGGAAUUUCUAUAGAAAGCUUUCUGCUGAAAUAUAAUCGAACCAUCCCUCAGAUAGAACAUCAAGCUAACGAAAUGGAAAUGCACAACAAGGUGCAUAUCGAAUAGCAACACUACUCU